ACAAAACGUACAAAGCCACGAUGAAGAUUUCCAUAGUUGGUCUUGUCGCUCUGGCAGCUCUCUUUUGCACUUUGCAAUUGGCCACAGCGGCUAGCUUUAGCUUGGCUGAUGCUAAAAAGUUUUUCUUUCCACCCCAACUUUCAAAAUUGUGUCCACCCUCACCUGGUUCUGGCUCAGGAAAUGAAGACAAUGCAUCAACAGGAAGCGGAAAUGGAGCUGGAGCUGGCGCUGGAAAUGACACUACGGGAUCGGCAGGAGCAACGCGAGCUUUACCUAUACUUGGCUUACCCAUUGGCAACAUACUGCCUUAACAGUCGCAUAACACUGGCAAUGCAACCUUCCUCGCUUCACUAAGCAUUUAUAUGCUAAAUAAUAUUAACUAUCCUGUAAAUCCUGAUUUAUUUGCACUUAAAUAAAGUAUAUCCCCCAAGCAAUGUA